AUGGACGUGCGGCGCGGCGCAGGCCAGGAGGCUGCGGCGGAGGAAGGCGAGGAGGGAGAGGAGGGGGCGGAAGGCGGCGCCGUGCGGUGGAUGCUGCUGCCGGGCGGGGGCGAGGGCCGCGCGCAGGUGGCCGUGCUGGAAGGGCUGCAGCCGCGCCGCGCCCCCGACCCUGACACCGUCUCCUUCCUGCUCUGGACCAGGGAGAACCCGCGCAAGGCGGAGCGGCUGCGCCUGGCUGCGCACUGCGCCCCGCAGCCCCACUUCCGCCGCUUCAGCGCCGACCGGCCCUCCGUGCUGCUGGUGCACGGCUUCGGGGACAGCGCCGCCGCCUCCUACAUGUACCCCGUGCUGCGCGACGCGUUCCUGGAAGUGGGCGACUACAACGUGCUGGCGGUGGACUGGGCGGCGCUGGCGGCGGCGCCGUGGUACGCGUCGGCGGCGGCCAACACGAGGCUGGCGGCG